AUGGCCAAACCGGGGGCGACGCUGCUGUUCGCGCAUGCCACGGGCUUCUGCCAGCAGGUGUGGGACCCGGUUAUCCGCCGCCUGAAGCUCUCGCCGCAGCUGCAGGGCGCGGUGGAGCGCUAUGUGACGUACGACCAGCCGUACCAUGGGGUCAACCGGGAUGACUUGGUGCCCGGUCGACUGUAUCACAAGAACAACAACCCCAAGUCGCCCCGGGUGAAGCACCCGAUGAACGACUGGCCGGAGAUCAGCGCCGCCGCCGCGUGGGAGCAGGUGCUAAAGCUGCAGUCGGAAGGGGAUCAACAAGGCCCGCUGAUUGGCAUUGGCCACUCCAUGGGAGCGGCGGCGCUCUGGGCCACGGAAGCCAAACACCCCGGCACCUUCGACGGCCUGAUCCUCUUUGAACCCAUUUACGGAGAGGUCGACGCUUCGUACGAUGGGAAUGCCGACUUCUUGGUGUCGCUGACGCUGGCGCGUGAGAGUAAAUGGCCUUCGAUGGAGGCUGCUGUGUCUCACUUUGAGAACUGGAAGAACUUUUCGACGUGGGACCGCGAGACUUUAGCAGGUUGGAUCAAGGGUGCGGUGGUGUACGACGAGAAGCAACAGGCUGCGGUGCUGGCGUGUAACCCGCUCAUCGAAGCGUCAGUGUACGCUGGUUCUCGGUUGUGUUUGACUGAGAGCGAGCUCGCUGCACCUCGUUGCCCGGUCAGUUUCCACAGUGGAGACCGCACCAAGCUCUUUGACCGCAGCGUGUUCGACGACUUUGUUGCUAAGCACCCGGACGUGUACACCAGCCACCCUCCGCUGUCCAACACGUCGCACCUGAUGGUCUUUGAAGACCCGGAUGCAACUACCGACGCCAUCCUGUCGGAUCUUAGGCAACUCACUCUUGCAACAGAGCCUCUGGAGGCCCACUAUAAGUUGGACCUCCAGAGGCUCUAG